CUCGAGCUGCGGUCACAUUACACCUGACAUCAUUCCGAACGAAAAAAAUAAAACAAAACAAAGAGAAAUCCUGCUAUAAUGGAAGCCCUAGACAUCCUGGAGAAGCGAAUUGAUGCCCUGACACGAGUCCUGGGUCCCCUGCCCGAUGCACCAGAGGCUGGCGAAGGCGUGGUGGACGCCCUGUGCUCGGCCCACGCACUUCUGGGCGAAGCCACUACGGGAAGUGUUCCCCUGCAGCAGUGCGUAAAGCGAGCACCCGAACUGGAGAAAUACCUGGAUCCCAACUUCCUCGAGGAGCAUCAGCAGGUGCGCUCCAAGGAAGUCUACCUGCACGCCGUGGCCCCCGAGCUGAGCACUCAGGCCGAGCAGCUGGAGAGGAUCAAGCAGUUGGAACCAGCGCUGGGGGCAGAGUACUUCCGCAGCAUUCCUAGCGAGUGCCUGGACCAGUUGAAGCAGAUCACGCAGAACAACGGCGAGUACGCACAGCAGAGCGAGCUCAUCGAGGAGAGCCUUGUCCUUGCUAUGAAGCGGUACGGCGAGAUUCAGGCGGGAUUGCUUAGUUCCCUGGACGCGAUGAGUGAGCGAUUGGACCAGGUGGAGCAGCGUAUGGAGGAAAAGAAGCGGUCAGAGCUAAACAAGAAUGUGCCGCCCAAGGAUUGAGUGCGUUCGCCCAGAGACUGCUGAAAGUAUUUUAUACGCUCAUUUUUUCGAGACGUUUCCAGUCGUAUUUGGGCUUAGUUUUCCAUAAAUUAAAAUUAGUUUUAAGUUUAAUGGAAAGCUGAGAUUUCAGUAAUGCUAAACCCUAUACGAUUGGAAACGACAGUGAAUAUGGGAAUAUUAGAAAUCUUAACCACUUUUUGUUAGAACGAAUAGUGGCUUCUGAUGCUAUUUCAUUUGUAAGUUUCCUUUUUAAACAUUAUUUAAUGCUAGCACAAUAAAAGACUAUAAAAUUGUAA